AUGCUCUACCGCAAGUAUAGGGUCGACUUUUGGAGGCCUACCUUCUAUAGGUGUACUCCAGAUAUCAUUGAAUGUCACGGCCCGCCAUCAUCAUUGUUCACAGUUUCAGUUGCAACCUUGAAGCGGACGACAAAACCAAACCCAAUGCCAUUGACCAUCUGGAAACCGGGAACACUAGGUCCUGGAAGUUUGGUUGACCGGGAGACAGUCAACGAAGGACAUGUGGUACCCUACGCACCAGCGGCAACCAACCCGUACUCGAUCCGUGCCACAACAGAAAGUUUACCGAUCUUCAAACAUCAAAAGAAUCUAUUAUACUGUGUGGAAAGAUACGGUGUUGUAAUAGUCGUAGGCCAGACUGGAUGUGGAAAGACUACUCAACUUCCUCAGUAUCUUUAUCGCACUGGAUGGGCAGACGAAGGAAGAGUUAUUGCAUGCACGCAACCUCGACGCGUCGCAGCGACGUCUGUUGCUACUCGUGUUGCGCAAGAAAUGAGAACUGAGCUUGGUAAAAAGGUUGGGUACACAGUUCGGUUCGAGAAUCUCAGUGACCCGCAGGAAACUCGUAUUCUUUACAUGACGGAUGGUAUGCUGUUCCGAGAAACUCUCAUGGAUCCAUUGCUGAGCCGGUACAGCGUGAUCAUGGUUGACGAAGCUCAUGAACGUAGUAUACACACAGAUCUCUUGCUUGGGAUUCUUAGAAAGCAAGUUUCCUUGAAACGACCUUCCCUUCGAAUUAUCGUCUCAUCUGCAACGCUGGAUGCCACCAAAUUCUUCGAUUACUUUUCAGAAGGGGGUGGCAAGGACGAAGUCACCAUUGUUAGUCUGGAGGGUCGCAUGUAUCCUGUGGAAGUCGCGUAUCUACAAGAACCCGUCGCCGAUUACGUUAGUAAAGCUGCUGAAACAGUCUGGAAUAUUAACCUGAAGCAAGGCCCUGGUGACAUCUUAGUUUUCUUGACUGGAAGGGAAGAGAUCGACAGAUGUCUUCAGGAAUUGUCAGACAUGCUUCCUCUCUUACCUGCCACAGCAACGCGUCUCUUGCCUUUGCCUCUUCACGCGGGUCUCACCACAGAUGAACAGUUACAGAUUUUCAAUUCAGCUCCUCCUGGAACUCGAAAAGCUAUUAUUUCUACCAACAUUGCCGAAGCCAGUGUAACGAUAGAGGGUGUCAAAUUUGUUGUGGAUAGUGGUUUUGUCAAGAUACGCGUUUACAACCCAACAAGUGGGCUUGCAUCACUGGCAACUGUUCCUGUUUCCGCCGCAUCGGCUACCCAGCGCGCUGGACGGGCAGGUCGAACCUCCCCUGGUAUAUGUUACAGGCUAUAUCCCAUGUCAUCAUUUAAAAAUCUGCCUUUGACAACGCCACCCGAAAUCACCAGAACGGACAUGACCACACCCAUUCUUCAGCUCAAGUCCCUUGGAAUUGAUGACCUUGUGAAGUUUGAUUGGGUAUCUGCUCCUCCUGCCGAAACCGUGCUCAGAGCAUUGGAGGGACUGUACGCUGCUGGGAUGAUUGACGAUACUGGAAAACUAACUGAAAUGGGCGAACAAGUAUCGGAGUGCCCGGUUGAGGUUAACAUUGCCAAAAUGUUGUUUAGCUCCAAAGAGUAUAAAUGUGGCGAGGAAAUACUUACUAUCGCUGCUAUGACGGCCGUUCAGGAUGUAUUCGUCAUUCCAGACGGUGCACCAGGAGCGUUGGCUGAAUUGGAGAGAAGGAAGUUUACUGCUCAAGAAGGGGAUCAUUUCACAUUGCUAAAUGCUUACAAUGCGUUCACCAAGUCUCGUCGAGAUGCGUCGUGGUGCAAAUCCCACGCAUUGUCGUAUAGAGCAAUGCAUCGUGUCAGUACAAUCCGGCAACAAUUACAUUCGUAUAUGAAGCGCUUCCAUCUACCAACCGAAAGCUGCGAAGGCGACGCGAAGAGACUAGCAAAAUGUCUCGUGAGUGGAUAUUGGCGAAACGGCGCCCGUUGGUGUGCCGAUGGGACUUAUAGAUCUGUCAGAGGCAAUAUGAUUCUACAUGUUCAUCCCUCGUCGGUGCUGUUUACAAGGAAACCCAGGACAGGAUGGGUUAUCUUCCACGAGAUGGAAGAAACAAAGAAACCACAAAUUCGCAUUCUCACCGAAAUUGAGCCAGAUUGUUUGGUGGGUCAUUUCUCUAUGUCGAACGUUGAGUCUUACGACUCAUAUGAUGAGCUCAAUGACGCCAGGUAUGUGAAAUUCCCUGUACCGCCGUUACAAUCUAUAUUUUAUGGAAUAUCUGGCAGCACACCUAGGCCUGGUUUCUUCGCCAUCCUCUUCGAAGCUCUCUGCCUCAAUAAUCAACGACGUAGAUCGUUGUUUUUGGCGGUUAUCUUUACUUCCAUAAUCUUUCUUGUCUCCCUAAGAGAAUACAUUCCCUCGGCGGAAUUUCUCGAUAGCAUGGUCCCAACGUCGGCCCUCGACUUCAUUGCUGCAGAGAGCCAUAACCUUACAACAACGCCUUUCACCAACGUGGCUGAGCCAGUUGUUUUUACACUUAUUAUGUGGUCAGAAGACUCGGCGUUUGAAGGCGCAAUUUUAAUCAAGUCCAUCAUUCUUUACAACACUAGACCAUCUGACAUUCACAUCAUCUGCGAUGAUUCUGCAGAAAAAAUAAUCAGGUCUCGACUUGAAUUGGUUCAAUAUCCUCUUCACCGCAUUCGGGUUUGGUUCUACAAACCAUCUUGGCAGAGCAUGCUUGACCGCAUCCAUCGGGAGGGUACACUGGCUACGGAUCAUCCAGCUGGUCUACCUGGGCUGAUGAAAUUGUUCAUACAGGAAAUUCUUCCACCAACAGUGAAGAAGGGCAUAUUUGUUGACACUGACGCUAUUUUUAUAAGCGAUCCAUCGUUACUUUGGGAUGUUUUCACUACACUAAAACCUGAAACAGCGUUCGUCAUGGGCAGUCAUCCAGAUCAAGUCGCCCCAGAUUGGAAUGACGCAUCCAAAAUCUGUUCUUGUAUCAUGCUGCUUAACUUGGACAAGUUAAGGGCGUUGCGGUUGAUGGACUCCAGUGCUUAUCGUGCACUCGACGAUUUUCCGGCACUGUCUCCUGAAGCUUUUAAAGCUAAAUAUGGCGAGCCAAGUGGCGAGGAUGGGCGCUACAAUAAUGUGCAUUUAGGAGAUCAGGGAUACUGGUGGGCUAUAGUAGAUUUUCGUCCUGACCUCUUCGAGCCUUUGUCCUACGACUACGAGGUCACGACUUGCUUAUUGGACACGUAUUCGGCUGGUCUUGGAGACGAUGCAAUAACAGAAGAAGAAGAAUUAUCUCGUCAAUCUCAUGUCAAAGGCACGCCCCAAGAGGGGCAUGUUGUUCUCCCCAAGAUACUCCACUUUAACUGUUUACAUGGAUCUGCGCGAUAUUACGAAUGGCCCGGGUGGUCAAAUCCUGAAGAAGGAUGGAACAUACGCUGGGGAUCCGCUGUUGCUUACCACAAAGGUUACAAAUGGAUAUGGCUUAAUCAAGGGAAGAAUGACCAUCCUGAACACAAAAUCGAGAUGUUUGCAAUAGAAAACAUCACAUUCGCAGAUGAAAUGUUGCUAUAUAACGAUACGGCUCAGGCAAGCCCGGAAUCCUUGGUGGCAAAUUGA